AUGGAACCGACCACACCGCGCACGAGCUACAGACUGGCGUCCGAGGCCGGCAUUGAGCUGUCCAACGUGCUGGGCGAGCUGGGCGACUCCCUCUCCUCCAUCAUCCUCUCCACCCUCACCGACAAGUACGCCGAGGUCCAGUCGUCCUGCCUCGCCCUCGCCGGCCAGACCAACACCCAACUUGCGCUGGCCUCCGGUGAUGAGGAGUAUCAGAAGGCCGCCACCGAAGUCAUCCGCGAGAUGUCGGCCGCCGUCACCGCUCUCGUGACCGCAUUCACCGCAUUCCUUAAGAACCCCGCCGCGGCCGCGUCCAAGCGUGCCUUCACCGACGCCGCCCAGACGGUGGGCAUGGGUGUCGACAAGCUGCUGCUCACCGUGGACCAGAGCUCAUCGAGGAGGAUCGUCAACCUGGUCAAGGAGGCGCUUGUGGCCAGCAAGGCCAUCGGCGAGAGCGCCCUGACCUCCAGCGGAGCGUCCAUGGCCGCUGCCAAGGUGGCCGCCGAGAAGAACGAACUCCUGAGCGAGAUGGUGUGGAAGGUCGGCACCGGCACGCCCGAUGGCCAGAAGCGCGUCAUCCUCCUGCAGGGCCUCGCCGCGCUCAAGGAAGCCUGCCCCGAGUUGGACCGCGCCGCCUACAUCGCGAGCAAGAAUCCCGAGAAUGACGAUGACCUCGUGAACGCCACCACCAAGCUCGCCGGCGCCUACAGAAUUCUCCUCCAGGGAGCCAACAUCCAGCGCUCGUCGUACCUGACGUCGACGUGGGAUCGCGUGGAGCAGGGCGCCAACCAGAUCUACGAGUCCCUGCGCCUCGGGGAGGACCUCCUCAGCCGCAGCCGCCAGCUCGCCGCCUCGGCCCUCAACUCCGACGGCGACGACUUCACCGACCUCGCCAAGAAGGUGGCUGGGCUGGCCCUGGAGCUGGUGAAGCAGGGCCAGGCCAUCAUCGAGAAGGCGCAGGACCCCGUGGCGCGCCAGGCCAUCGAGGAGGCCCUCUACCGCAUCCGCAGCCUCUGCACGGAGGUGAUCGGCAAGGCGCAGGCGCUCCAGAAGAACCCGACCGACGAGCGCCUGAAGCGCGAGGUGAUGGCCAAGGCUCACCGCUUGGCCAACGCCGGAGGAAACGCGCAGGCGCGGGACCAGGCCGCGUCGAAGCUGCAGGAGCUCACCGGCCAGCUGGUCGUCGAUGCCGACGCCAUCUCCAAGCAGCCCGGCAACGCCGCCCCGCCGAACCAGAUCAAGGCCAUCGCGGCCGAGAUCAAGGGCUCGGGCGACGCCAUGGUGGCGGCGGCCAAGGCCGGCCAGUCGACCAGCGCCCCGCACGGGCAGCUCAUCGGCAAGAUCCAGCAGCUCCACACCGCCUGCAACCUGCCGGCCUUCAAGGGACCCUCUGCCGUCUCCAACGCCCCUGCUGCUCCCGCACACGUUGCCACUGGCGAGGAGAGCGAGCUGAUCGCUGCGGCGAGGGAGCAGGCCGGAGUGGCCCUGGCGCUGGCCGACCAGGUCGAGUCCACCGCCGGUGGCAACCCCCAGACCCAGCGCACCAUCGCUCAACUCCGCGAGGCUGCCCAGCGGGUCAUCCAAGCCGCGCACGAGGCGGCCGCCAGGCUCGGCGACAGCGAAGCGCACCGAGUGUUGGCCGACGCCCAGCGCGAUCUGGCUGUCGCCAUUCGCGCGGUCGUCGACUCGCAUGGCGCCACCCGUGGCAAUAGAGCGGUGACCGACGCCAUGUCGGCCAUGGACAACGCCACCGGCGUCACUCCCACCGCGUCCGGUGCGGCCAAGAAUGUUCUCAACACCGCCAACGACACCAUCACCGCGAUCGACAAGGCGGUGGCCAACACGCGUCCCACGCCCGAGCAGGCGCUCACCUCGAGCAAGGAGGUUUCCGAGCACGCCCGCCUGCUUUCGAAGCUGCUGCGCGAGAUGGCGGCGAAUGCGGAUCCGGCGAUCAAGGCGCAGCUGAUCGAGUUCGCCAAGAUCGUCAACGAUCGCGCGGUGCAGGUCAAGAUCCUGACGGCUGUGACCGCGGCGGCGGGCGAUGUCAAGACCGACCAGGUGCGACACGCGCUCGAGGGCCUGCGUCGCACAGUCAAGGACGUCGUCAACCUCCUCUGCGCCGCCUCCCUCAAGCAGCAGCUCAAGAACACCCAGGUCCAGACCGAGGCCAUCAAGAAGGUGCUCGCCGCGCUCCAGCAUUCCGGCUGA